UAUCAUUGUUUCUCUCUCUGUUCUCUACAUAAUCGUUCUUUCUAGAACCCAGACCUUCGUUCCGAAUUGGAUAUUUGUGUUCUUUCUUUCUCGGUGCCUUUGUUUUUGGCUUUGCUGCUCUUACCCGAGAAGAUCGAUUCUCUUUUCAUUUUCCGUUGCAAAUUACUUUCGAUUCAAGCGUUAGUACUCGGACGCCCCACCAAUCUUUUCUUCCUGAAAACAUGGGUUUGUGUUAGCAGAGAUCAACUCAACUUGUCUCCCCCAAACUUCCUCUCAUUUUUCCCAUUCUCCUUCAAAAUCUGCCAAAUUCAGACAUCAUUUUCUUUGAAUCCCUGAGCUUUGCUUUCUGGGUUUGAUUUAGCUUGAAGAGUUAACGUUGAAUCGUCUUGACCUUUAGCCAUCAGCUUGUUCCUUGAAUUUUUAACAAAGCAGAGCUUGAGUUUUCUUUAAGGUUAGUGAAAAAGAUAAAAGCUGAGUGAGUGGAAGAGGAAGGGAAAGAACGAUUUUUUUUCUUAGUGUAUAUCUGUCAGAAAAAGAUUCGCUGGAAUUUGAGUUCUCCGGUGUACGGAAAGGUCGUGGAAUUUGGCAACAUUGACAACGAAGCUGUCUGCUGAAGAGAGAGAGGGAGACUCAGAGAUUCAGUUCCCGUGAAGUUUGCUGUCAAAGCGUCAAAAAAUAGAUGUAUUUUUAGAUAAAUUUUGCACUGUCCAUUCUCUACAGCUCGCUCACUUUCUCUCUCUCUCUCUCUCUCUCUAUAAGGGAAAUCAAAAUCCGAUAAAUUCUCUAUCCCGCUCUUUGUCAUUUCUCUCUCUGCCUCUCUUGAGUUUCUCUCUCUGUUUUCUGGGUUUCCACCGUUUGCAGGGUUAGGAGAGAGAAGUGAAACCCUCUCUCUCUCUCUCUGUGUUUUUCUUGGUCUCUGUCUCUCUCUAAAGUGCCUGGAAAACCAUGAUCUGUGAUAAAAUGUCAAUGCAAUCAAAUCUUGACUGUUUCCUCCAAUGCACAACUCCUGUGGUACAAUCCCAGUUUCUUCCCAAGACUGAGAUUAGAAACCUAAAUCGCCUAUGGCAUCCACGGGAGAGAGAAACAGUUGAAUAUUUCACCUUAGGAGAUCUUUGGAAUUGUUAUGAUGAAUGGAGUGCAUAUGGGGCCGGAGUUCCGAUCGUGUUGAACAACGGCGAGACGUUAGUUCAGUACUACGUGCCUUACCUCUCUGCAAUCCAAAUUUUCACAAGCAAUUCAUCUGUAAACACUUUGAGGGAAGAGACCGAGUCAGGAUACUGUGAGACAAGGGAUUCCUACAGUGAUUCGUGCAGCGACGAGAGCGAGAGCGAGAAGUUAUGGAGAUGGGAAGGAUGCUCCUCUGAGGAUGGAGGGUCAGAGCAAGAGAAUCUUUGUCAUCUGAAUGAUAGAUUGGGCUACCUUUAUUUUCAGUACUUUGAGAGAUCAACUCCUUAUGGCAGAGUUCCUCUAAUGGAUAAGAUUAAUGGAUUAGCUCAAAGAUACCCUGGCUUGAUGUCAUUGAGAAGUGUGGAUCUUUCCCCAGCUAGCUGGUUGGCAGUUGCUUGGUAUCCAAUUUAUCACAUUCCCAUGGGAAGAACUAUAAAAGAUUUGUCCACAUGCUUCCUCACUUACCACACGCUUUCAUCUUCAUUCCAAGAUAUGGACCUCGAAGAUGACCUUGAGCGUGACGAAAGGAAGAGAAAGGAAGGGGAGGGCAUCUCUCUUCCUCCAUUUGGUUUGGCCACUUACAAGAUGCAAGGAAACGUGUGGGUCUCGGGCAAUUGUGGUCGGGACCAGGAGAGACUAGUGUCGCUUUUGAGCGUGGCAGAUUCAUGGCUAAAGCAAUUGAGGGUCCAGCACCAUGACUUCAACUACUUUUCAGGGAUCAGACAUGGCUAAAACCACUACCUUUUUACAUAAUCAAUCCACUUGAAAGCUGUUGACUAUAAAAGGUCCUCUUUUCGGAUCUUUGGUUUUGUACUGUUGAUUUGAGUUACAGGCCUCGAGUGUUAGGAUGGUAGAUGAUACUUGUCAUCGUUGAGCUUCAUGGAUAAGCUUACUCAGGGGUUGGUUGGUCUUCUGUAAUAUUUAAUCGAAUGAUAUAACUUGAGGGUUGAGUUAAUAGGCGCUUUGUGUAGAGGAAUGAGUGGGGUCUCUGACUGUUCGAGGGAGAUAGAGGAGUGGCUCUUCAUCUAUCAACUUUUUAUGGAUUCUCUAUAAUA